GCGUGCAGUUCAACGUGCACAGCAGGGCAAGCCUGCCUUUUACAGGGGUCGGCGCUUGGCGCACGACCCACUUUGCCCGAGUCGUCCAGCUGUCUUGCCCUUUGCAGCAGAAGCCGGUCGCCUUAAGAUUUUUUUCCUGGAAUUGUAGUGGACUGACGCAGUUGCUUUUCGAGGAGCUGAAGCUGUACCUGCGCUUGAAUCCUGACAUUCAGGUUAUCUUUCUGCAAGAAACGCACCGUGCGUAUCAGGGUGAGUGGUGCGCCGAUGGGUGGACUUUCAUUCUUCGUGCUGCUGAUAAGGCCAAUCAAGGGGGUGUCAUGAUGGGCUUCAGGGAUGGGUUCUGCGAAAAGGCCUCCUUAAGGUGGCAGGAGGUGCAUCCUGGACGCCUGCUUCAUGUGCGCUGCUUCUCCAAACAGCAGCACCUCGACCUGGUCUGCAUUUACCAGCAUGCACUGCCCUUCGAAGCCAGCUCUCUGACGUCGACUUUGGCAAACAGGAAGCAGCUUUGGAACAAGCUGGACUCUCUGCUGCAGUCAUUUCCGGUUCGUUCUUCGGUUGUGGUUCUUAAAGCCUCUAUUCCCCUGAACUCUUGCCCUGGCGUGCUUCUGCGCGGAAGUUUCCAGUUGCGCAGUGCCUUCCUGCUAGGAUCUCUUUUUGACAUACCCCAGCUUAGCCUUUCCCCUCUUGACCCGGGCAUCUUUAGUCCGGAGAUUUGGGUGUCUGCUCUUGGGAGUCUCCGGGCUGGGAAGGCUGUGACGGCUGGGCAGCCCUCUGUACAGCAAUGGCGGGACCGUUCGAAUCUGGUUGCCGAUCGGUUGAGUCACAUUGCUCGAGAUGCCCUCUGCUGCUCUGAUUCCAAAGUUCCCACCGAAUGGUCGACGGUUCAAUUGGCAUGGUUGGCGAAGGCAGGCAAGACUCCUUCUAGACCACAAAAUCUCAGGUCUAUCGGCCUCAUGUCCGUGGACAGCAAAGCGUUUUUGAUUGUCCUUCGCUCUGCCAUUGCGCCGUACGUCGAGGCGGUCAUGCAUGACCAACCCCAGUACGCUUACCGGAAAGGAGCCUCCACUUCUGAUGCCUUGAUGCGCGCGGCUGGCCAUUGUUGCGAGGAAUUCCAUGCUGCAGUAUGCGAGCUUCGCUUGCUGAUCGAGGCACUGCGCUCCUUGGAGAUGUCUGUUAAUUUUCAGAAGUCGGUGGUGGUGCUCAGGUUGUGUGGCAGGGCCGUAGGGCAGCUCAGUAAAUCAUACUUAGUGUGGCGCAGUGGCGUUCAACAUCUACGCAUUCGCUGCACUGACAAUGACAUGUACAUCCCAUGCGCCACACAAAUGCCCUAUCUUGGGGCGGAGCUCUCCUAUGAUAACUUUGAGCUGAAGACCUUCAAGGGGCGUGAGAAGCAAGCAAUACAAAGAUUCCAGGAGCUGCGACGGGUGCUUCGUACCAAUGGCUCCAUCACUGUUCGGCAUCGCGUUCGGAUCUACAAGGCGAUUGUUUGGCCAACACUGUGGUACGCACUCUCCAGUGUAGGGAUCACGACUGAGGUUAUACGGGGAGUCUGCUCGGUUCUCGCCGGGCAGCUGCGCAAGGUCCUUCGGGUGUACAAGGAGGGAGUCAGUAACAAGUUGGUUCUGCAGCAAGCUGGGUUGGAUCCACGGGGCUUCUUCUUGUGGCAGGUGCAACAGAAAGGACAGUGUAUUCAACGAGAUCUUCGUCGCGCUGAUCAUGUCAAGGCUCAAGAAUCUCGUCAUUGUCAGAAUGUGCAUCAGCGACUGCUGGGGAUCGAGGACAACCCCAGUAUGACCUCAUUGGUUCGGAUUCCCAAGGUCGAUGCCGUCGCGGCGAGUUUGCAAAUGCACAUCAAGCACAAGCACUCGGAGAUCAACAAGCUCGGCUUCAUGAUUGGCGUUCGCUUGAGAAGCACAUCACGGAAGGAGGAGCAGAAGCAUUCUCCUCCUGUGCCACACAAGGCCAUGCCACAGUCGCAGCUCAUUCCCGACAGCUCCAAAAUCAAGAUUCAUUGGCAGCGCACUCAUGCACAGGAGUGGGCCAAGUAUUCAGCGGAUGCGAUCUAUUCCGUACCCCAUGUCGCUUUUGCGGCAGCCAGGCUGGUGCAAGUGAAGCAAGCACCGUGGCUCCACAGGUCGGAGGUGCAGCUUGUUCAGCUUGACUCGGCUCCGCUACCACAGCGCUGGCUACAAAGCCUUGUCCUUGGCUCAGCCUGUGACGCGCGCUUUUCAAUUCCUACGCACUGGACCUUUGACCGCCGGCAACAUGAUGCUGCGGAGUUCACGGCUGCGCUGCUUCAUGGUCUCGACCUCGGCCUUGCACAGUGGGAUCUCAUUGACGAUUGGCAUCGGCAAGUCUACAUGCAUGCUUUUGUCGCACAGGACGGUCCAGUGCUUCUUCAUCUGGCUCGAAAUGCGGAUGCCUCAAAGAACGAGGCACUCAUCAGCAUCGCUUCUCUUAUUUGGUCCGAGCUCUUGUUGAACAUCAUGGUGACAGUGUCAUUUCUGGGCUAUGCCUAUCGGCCAGCUGGUUUUCCGGUGGCAUCGGGGCCUCCCUCUGGAGUCUCUACGGCUGCCACUGCAGAGGAGCGUGAAGCCAAGGCUGUCAAGACCGAAAACAAGGGCGGUCGAGGCAAAGGCGACUGGGCAGAGAUGCAGGAGAUGCAAAAGCUGAUGACUUUGAUGCAGAAGUUGGUUUUGCGUCACGAGGACAGCAUCAACCUCCUGAAGCUGGAGUAUAUACGGCUUCGUGGCCCACAUGAGCCGCAAAAGUUGAAUCGUCCAACGCGCAAGUCCCUCUUUGUGUGCUUUUUGGCCGAGCUGAAGACGCGAGUCCAGGCACUGGAUGCCAACCCCAGCGACGUGGACAAGCUUGCCGAGCUGGGCUGGGUUGUGAAAGGCCCUCCCCUCACCUGGCACUGUCUGAAGUGGGACCCGGCGGCCCAGCGCAGCAUCAUCGACACCAACAAGCCACCCUUGACCAACGCGGAGGUCCUGGAGAACAUCGACACCAUCCUAGCCAAUGCUGUCACCACCAACAGCCUGGCCAGGUUCCACCCGACGCGUCCCCUUGGCGACACCAUGCAGGGCGAGAGCAUCGUUUUCCUCAUCCAGGUGGGGAAUUUUGGGGAUGCGAGCUUGAGUAUUCGGACCAGCCUGAAAUCCCUGUGCUACAAUGCCGCGCUCCAGCUUGUGGCUGCCCAGUUGAAGGAGGAUGAGCUCAGCCGGCUGAUGGGCCUGUUCCUCUAUGAGGCUCUCUUCCUGAUUUUGGUUGCUGGGUCGCUCACGGCGUUCUUCCUCUUCAUCUGUGAUCCAAUCGAACGGUGCAGUGGAUCCUGCCCCUGCAGAGUUGUGCUGCCUUGUAUGCCACCGCAACAAAAGGAGCAACGCUACAGCCUCUCGAGCUCGGAAAGGUAUUGCAGUUGCUCUGAAUACACAGUGGCAGAUGAUGUCGAUUGCGAUUCUGAGUCCGAGGAGGCUGUAUGCCCAGGUGUCUCAGCAGCUAGUGGCUCGGAGCUCGGCGGCUCAGUGCCUCUCGUGGUGGGAGGUGUCUUUAUGGUUGGAGCUCAGCCCCCCACCUCAUAUGAGCUUGAUCUUCGCUACGAGUAUGCGCGGCAACAUGUCUACUUGCUGCGCAAUGUUCGCGUUGGCGAUCUUCAGGUCCCCACCCACUGCAAAGCGGAAGCCAUGGCUUUUGGCAUGAUCUCGAGUGGUCAGGCAAACUGGAAUCAGCUCCGUCGUCUCAUUGACUACCUUCCUACGGAUGCAAAGGUCAGAUGGCCCCAGGAAAGCCCAGGACCUCAGACUGAUGCCAACACCUGUGCCUCAGCGGAUUCCGAACGGUUCACGGUCGGGGCAUGGAACUUUGGUAACAUGGCUGGUGUGGUGAACAACACGGUGACCUAUCCGUGGGUCACCCGGGCUUUGGCUGGCAUUCUUGGGACAUGGAGUGAAGAGCUCCAGUUCACUUCGUGCACCUUGUCAUUGAAUACACAGGCGGCAUUGCACAGGGAUUCCAGUAAUCUGGCCAGCUCCGUCAAUCUGGCGCUUCCGUGUUCGGAGUUUCAGGGUGGGCAGCUCUUCAUUGAGGACUCUCAAGGAGGCACGUCGCUUACCUCGAGGGGCCGGUGGGUCACCUGGUUUCCACAAAUGAGGCGACGGCAUUCUCGCCGAAGAAGCUUCACGCAACGCUGCCUUGGGAGGGAACUAGGCUUUUGCUUUUGUCUUUUCACAUUGGACAAUUUGCGAACCUUAAGCCCCUGGAUGUACAGCUCUUGA